AUGGCCUCGUGGUACAAAGGUCUCCUAACCAACGCAUCCUCCAACAUCUCCAAAUUCCAACGCACCUAUUUCGGCGGCGAAUCCGACGGCGACACCGACGACGACACCCACGUCUGCCGUGUCCUGCGCGGCUACUACGCCGAAAAGGCCCCGCAGCAGCCCUUGCCUAGCUGGCUGCCGCCUGAUCCGCGCGCGCCGCCGCCUGUUGCGCAACAGCAGCAGCAGCAGACGGUUUUUGCGAAUAGUGGGCGGUAUGGGGGGUUUGGGGGUGGGCAGCAGGGCCAGGGGCAGGGGCAGCAGGGGUUGAGUAGUUUAUGGGGGGAUGGUGGGGGGAAUAAUGCUGGUGGUGCUGGUGGUGGACGAGGGCAGUUUGUGAAUAGUCGGAAUCCAUUUGCUGCGGGCGGUGGUGCUGGUGAUGUUGGGCAACGACCCGGGCUGGCGGGACAGCGGGCGGGGAGUUACCAGCCGCCUGGGAGUGGGAGGACCGACGCGGUGAGCCCGUCGGCGGGUGGUGGUGGUGGGACUGCGCAGGAGAAGUUGAAGCAGAGACUAUGGGGUGGCGGUGCUAGGACGACUAGCCCGGGCACUGGCGGACCGUUCCAGCCACCUGGGAGUCAACAGCCACAGCAAGCGUCAUCGCAGGCGUCGGGGAAUAGAUGGGGUUGGGGGAGUCAAGGACAACAAGGAGGAGGAGGAGGUGGUGGUGGUGGUGGUGGUGAUGGGGGAUAUGGCUCGCAAGGUGGGAGACAGGGGAGUCGGCCGGUGAUGAGUGCGAACGCGCCUUGGGCGGAUGGGGGGCUUGAUUACGCGGGCCCGGGGACUGGCGCGGGGGGUGGAGGGAGGAGUUAUGGACUUCCGAGUGGGCCUAGAGGGGGGUUGCCGACGGGCAGUCAGCAGAGCUGCUUUAGCUACGGUUGUACGCUACAAGCUUUAUCGACAAACAUGACCCGGAUCCCGAUAAUGACGUCGUUGCCGCCGCCGUCGUCGUCGUCGUCAAAUUUGGUGUCGUCCACGCAACAACAACAACUGUCGUCUGCCCAAAAUCAAAAUCCAUCACAACAGCCGCCGUCACAGCCCCAGCCCUCGCAGCUGUCAUCUCAAGCCUCGUCGCAACAACCGACCACAACCUCCUCCUUCUCGACCAUCUCCCAUCCACCUCGUCCAGCCUCUCCUUCGGGAAGCUUGUACGCCAUGAGCGACGACGAAGAAGGUGACUACGACACCAUCACCCACACCGAAACCGGCCGCGGCGUCAAGCUACUCUUCUCCAAGUCCAAGGUCUACGUCCACCCGACACCCUCCGCCCGCGACAACAUCCCCGGUUACAUUGCCCUGUUGCAACAGAAACGCCCAGCUACAGCAACAACCACAACCACAACCAACGACCGUCCCACGUCUUCCUCCUCUUCCUCCUUCGCCCCCCUCCCCCUAUCCCCCUCCAGCUCCCACAACCCCCGACCAGGCGGCCCAAGCGGCCCAUCCUCCUCCGACCUCCUCCUCGCCUGGCUCCCCGAAUCCGCCCUCGGCGACGCCGCCUCCAUCUACGUCAAAGUCGACCUCUGCGACGCCGACUCCCCGCCCAAACAAUCCUACCUCGUCCCCCCGCCACCCACCGUCACUUCCCACCCCGGCUCCGGCGCGGGGCACUAUGCCUUCGCCGUACCCGUGUCCGCCGUUUAUAGCUUGCUAGUGCGUCCGCCGAGCGUGGGGUGGUGGUACGGGAGUGUGAUUAUUAAUUCGCGCGCGGGGGAUUCGUUCCCGCCGCUGUUUUUUCAUGAUAAUGAGUGUCAGAGUACGAUGUUGGCUAAGAAGCGGCGGGCGAGGGAUAGGUUUGAUCCGUUUGGGGAAGGGGGGGAGAUGUUUUGGGGCGGGGAUGAGGUGUUGAGGUGGUUGAAGAGGUAUGUGGCUGUGGAGAGGAGUGUGGCGGAGCCGAAUGUGUAUUUGUUGGAGCCGAGUGAGGAGGAUAGUUUGGCGUUUGGGGGGAAGGGUGGGGGGAGUUAUAAUACAGCCGUUAGCGGUGGUGCGCAGGGGGUUGGUGUCCCGGGGCCAUCGAGAGGUGCAGCUGCUGCUGCCGGGAACAACAGAGACGGCGGCAUGGAUCCGUUCAUGAAAUUCGUCAAGGAGACCGGGUGGAAUAUCAUGGAAAAGUUCAGCAAGGUGACCACCUUCACGCGGCAAGCGGCGCAGGACGUGCUGGACAACCCGCGCAUGCCGCCGCAGGUCAGGCGGCUGAUGAUCAACCCGGAAGUGCAGACACUCCAAGAGGAGUUUGAUAGCGCGCGCAUCUACCUCGCCCGGUGGGCUAUGGGCAUCGCCGAGCAGAGCGAGCGCGACCGGAACCAGCGGAUAUGGACUGCGCGCGAGGUCAUGGAGCUUGAGGACACGGACGUCGGGGAGUUUGAGCUGCUCGACAGUACCAGCAGCCUGACGCUGGAACAGCUGAGGAAGACGGUCACGCUGAAGGAGUGGAAGACGUUUUUUGAUCCGCGGACGGGGCGGUUGUCUGUUACUGUUGACGAGGUCAAGGAACGUGUGUUUCAUGGUGGGCUCGACCCGGAUGACGGCGUGCGGAAGGAGGCUUGGUUGUUUCUGCUGGGUGUGUAUGAGUGGUAUAGCACGGCGGAUGAGCGUAAGGCGCAGGCUGCAUCGUUGAGGGAUGCUUAUAUCAAGCUUAAGGGUGCUUGGUGGGAGCGGCAGAUCGAUAAGGGUGGUGAGGGUGAGGAGGGCGAGUGGUGGAGGGAGCAACGGGGGCGGAUUGAAAAAGAUGUCCACCGCACCGACCGCAACGUCCCGAUCUUCGCCGGGGAGGACAUCCCCCACCCCGAUCCGGACUCCCCCUUCGCCGCCGUCGGCACCAACGUGCACAUGGAACAGCUGAAGGACAUGCUACUCACCUACAACGAGUACAACCGCGACCUGGGAUACGUCCAGGGCAUGUCUGACCUGCUCGCCCCCAUCUACGCCGUCCUCCAGGACGACGCCCUGGCCUUCUGGGGCUUCAAGUGUUUCAUGGACCGCAUGGAGCGCAAUUUCCUCCGCGACCAGUCCGGCAUGCGCGGCCAGCUACUUGCGCUCGACCACCUCGUGCAGUUUAUGGAUCCCAAGCUGUACGCGCACCUUGAGUCGGCGGAUAGCACGAAUUUCUUCUUCUUCUUCCGCAUGCUGCUGGUGUGGUAUAAACGCGAGUUUGACUGGAUGGAUGUGCUGCAUUUGUGGGAGGUGCUGUGGACGGAUUAUUUGAGCAGUAGUUUCCAUUUGUUUGUCGCCCUGGCUAUCUUGGAGAAACAUCGCGAUGUGAUUAUGACGCAUCUGAAGCACUUUGAUGAGGUGCUCAAGUACAUCAACGAACUCUCCACCACAAUCGACCUCGAAUCAACACUCAUCCGCGCCGAGGCCCUCUUCAGACGCUUCCAUCGCCUCGUCGACGCCAUCGACAAAAAGGAUAAUUUCCCAGCACCCCGGCGGCGCAUCUCGCAACCACCGCCAUCCGAUACUAGUGCAAGCGCAAACGCAAGUGGUGGUAGUAGUAAUAAUGCGAAGAAGAACACUGGCAAAGCACCCGCGCAACAGUCACCGCCAAAGGACCAGCAAAAGCCAAAGCAACCGGAAAGGGUGCUCACGCCGGAGUUGAGGAAAUUGUUGAGUAGGGAGGUGGAGGUGUUGCCGAGGAGGGAGGUCGCUAGGAAGGGGGAGGGGUUGGGUGGUAGGGGGAGGUGA